AUGAAUCAAAGUUAAGUUAAUGAAGAAAACUCACCUAAUAAUAUAUAUGAACAUGCUUCAUAAAAUAUUUCUUAAUACUUGUAACGCGAUUAUUAUGAGAAAUUCAAGCUUGGUUAAAAUCUUUAUGAUUAAUCAAUUACUUUAUCAAGAUUAUCUUUGGGAGAAAAAACAAGCGAAGAUUAUAAUAAUAAUACAUAGAUAGGAUUAAUAUAAAUUUAGGAACGUUUAUCUGAUGAGAUUUGUAAAAAUUAAGUAAAUUGUUGACUACAAUUAGCUAGCUAUUAGAGAGUAAAGUAACAUAACUGAAUAAGGAUCUCUAGUCAGCUAUGGACCAUACAAUAAUUCUAUAAAAAUAAAAUGAGAAUUAUAUAUAGAUGUUGUAAUAAGCCAAUACAUAAUUAUAAAAAUAGAUUAGGAAUUAUGAAAUAGAAAAAAAAAUAAAUUAAUAAUUAAUGAAAAAAAAUAGAGAAUUAUAAGAAGUAAAUAAGUAUAAUCUUAAUCUAAUUAGUAAUCAUUAGAAAUAAAUAUAAACUUUACAAAAGAACAAAUAAAUUUAGAACUUUUCUGAUUGCAAAAAUAUAAUAUUAUCUAAAUGUCAUUAAAAAUCGAAUUAAUCAAUAUGUUCUUCAAAUAGAAAUAAAUAAAAAGUUAAUUAAAUUAAUACAGAAGAAUCUACAGUUAAGGAUUCUUCUUUAAGUGAAUUAAAAUCUAAUGAUAAUCAUAGAUUUGCUGAAUCUGCUCAGCAAUUUUACAAAACCUCAAAUUUAUGGUCUCCUAUAAAAUAUUCUUCUCCUAAAGCUCAAAAUUUCAAUCUAGAAAAAAAAAUUGAGUCUACUUUAUCAUAAAUAAGAGCAAUCAAAAUGUAAAUUCAACAAUUAAAUUAAAAAUGA